AUGAAAGACCAAAAUGUAAUUAAAAUAAAAGGAUACAACAUAUACUAUGCGAACCAUCCAGAUGGGACAUCACAUGCUGGGUCUGCUGUCAUAGUUAGGGAAAACAUUCGACACCACGUCUUACCAAACUUUAGACAAGGACACUUACAAGCGGCUAUAAUAUCAAUAGAUGACCGGCAUGGCUCGCUAAAUGUGGCUUCAGUUUACUGUCCCCCGCGACAUCGAAUAAGUGAGCAAAUGUUUAGUGACUUCUUUGACACACUAGGAAACAGAUACAUGACAGGCGGUGAUUGGAACUCAAAAAAUACAUUCUGGGGCUCUCGGCUAACUACAACAAGGGGUCGGGAGUUAAAAAAGACUAUUGAUAGAUACAAUCUUAACGUAAUAUCUACAGGGGAACCAACACACUGGCCUACAGAUCGUGACAGACUUCCGGAUGUCAUUGAUUUCUUUAUUACUAAAGGAAUCUCGGGACUAUACACAAAAGUGGAAUCAUGUCUUGAUGGCUUCUCAGACCACACACCUUUGAUAUGUGCCCUAAGUUCGACUGUGAUCUGGAAAGAACCACGUCAGACCCUAUACAAUCAAAAAACAGAUUGGGAGGCUUUUCGAGAUUAUAUAGAGGAAAAUGUUAACUUAUGCAUACGACUCAAAUCAGAGGAGGAUAUAGAAGAUACUACGCAGUAUACCACCAAUAUAAUACAAAAAGCAGCAUGGCUAUCAACACCUUACUUGAACUCUAAAAUACAAAAAAACGAUAUUUGCCUCGAAAUAAAAGAGCUGAUAGCUGUGAAGAGAAGACUAAGACGUAGCUGGCAGUCCUAUAGGAAUAGACAAGACAAAAAAGCACUCAACAGAGCUCAAAAGGUUUUAAAAGAAAAGCUGAGAGAAAAUGAGAAUAGUACCUUGCAAGACAAAUUAAAAUCAUUGUCUCCAUACAAAGCAGACGACUAUUCGCUCUGGAAAAUGACUAAAGCGUUAAAAAGACCAAAAGAACACAUGCCUCCUCUAAGAGAAGCUACUGGCAACUGGUCACGAAAACCUAAGGAUAAAGCUCAGUUAUUCGCCGACUUCCUAAAAGACACGUUCAAACCGAAUGAGCCUGAUAUUCAUCACACAGAGGAAGAAAUUGACGAAAUCCUGAAUAGAGACCAACAAUUGUCUAUGCCACUAAGACCGGUUACACCGGCCGAAGUCAAGAUAACUAUAAACAAUUUAAAACCUAAAAAGGCACCAGGAUUUGAUCUCAUAACGGCAGAAGUUCUGAAAAAUCUACCUAAAAAAGGCAUUGUUCUACUGACUAUCCUCUUCAAUGCAAUAUUGAGGCUACAAUAUUUUCCAAGGUUAUGGAAGGUGUCUGUUGUGAACAUGGUUGCCAAACCGGGAAAGCCCUCAACAGAGGUUACAUCAUACAGGCCCAUAAGUCUUCUGCCAUUACUAUCUAAAGUCUGCGAAAAGCUAGUCCUAAAGCGCCUUCUCCCAGUCCUUGAAGAACAAAACGUUAUACCAGAUCACCAGUUCGGCUUUCGUUCACAUCACGGAACGACGGAACAGAUACAUCGAGUGGCUCAUACAAUACGGCAAGCGAUGGAGAGGAAGGAAUACUGUUCGGCUGUGUUCCUUGACAUACAGCAGGCCUUUGACCGGGUGUGGCAUAAGGGCCUCUUGUGCAAGUUAAAACAACACCUUCCAAAUACUGCAUACAUGCUCCUGAGGUCAUAUCUGCAAAACAGAACAUUCCAAGUUAAAUGCGAAGACUGUCUGUCACCCAUUUACGAAAUAAAAGCGGGCGUGCCUCAAGGCUCUGUGCUGGGGCCGGUUUUGUAUACGGUGUUCACCGCCGACCUACCAAUCUCAGAAGCAGUGGUGACAGCAACUUAUGCCGAUGACACUGCAGUUCUCUCCUGUAACAGAGACCCAAAAGUGGCUUCCGCAAAACUUCAGGAAUGCCUAGAUAAAAUCGGACUAUGGCUGAAAAAGUGGAGAAUCCGGGCAAGCCCAGCUAAGUCACUUCAUGUAACAUUCACCUUAAACAGAGGGGACUGCACAUCCGUGACACUUGAUGGAGCUACUCUGACACAUCAUACAACAGCUAAAUACUUGGGCAUGCACCUAGACAGAAGACUAACCUGGCGAGAUCACAUAAAGGCCAAAAAGAAACAGGCAGAUAAAAAAUAUAGAGACAUGUACUGGCUGCUAGGAAGAAAUUCAGCACUAAGUUUGGAAAACAAGCUCGUCAUAUACAAAUCUAUAUUGAAGCCAAUUUGGACCUACGGCAUACAACUCUGGGGCUCAGCAAGCCACUCAAAUAUAGAAAUUUUACAACGCUUCCAAAAUAAGGUUUUAAAAGCUUUGAGCAAUGCACCAUGGUUCACAAGAAAUACAGAAGUCCAUCAAUAUCUGGAAAUCCCGACGAUCAAGGAAGAAAUAGAAAGGACUGCUGCGGCCUACAGGCAGAGACUUGGACACCACAGAAAUCAUCUGGCUGCAAAACUGCUGGAUGCUGAUGCCAACAUGUAUCGGCUGAAAAGAAUACGACUAGCCUCAAUCUGA